AUGGGUGUGGUUUUUUUGCUUGACAAUAGCGGUGGUGGAUCCUCCUGCAGGAGAGUGCUAGGCUCAAGUUCGGCGUCCAUUCCUUCUAGGGACUUGUGUUUCACUUUGCAGUCGAGGACUCUCUCAGCAGAGUUUGGAGACUCGGAAGCUCAACAUGUCUCGAAAUUUCUCUGACAUGGGCAACAAGAAAGAACAUGUUAAAAUCACAAGUGAGCACAAGCCUGGAUUCCUAGAGCGUCUCAGUGAGACUUCUGGUGGGAUGCUCAUUGGGCUUGCCUCUUUUGCACUGUCUUUCUACCUCCUUUUUACCAAUGAGGGGCGAGCUUUGAAGACAGCCUCCUCUCUAGAUGAAGGGCUUUCUCUGGUGGUCCCUCUUGACAAUAUCCAGAGUGUGUUACCAGGGAAUGAAAGGCAACUUGUGCACCUGUUUGGUCCCCUUAAAACAUCAAAGCCUUUGUAUGAUCCUGGCUAUGGACUUUCUAUCCGGGCUGUCAAGCUCAAGCGUCAUGUGGAAAUGUAUCAGUGGGUAGAAUACGAAGAUUCCAAAGAAUAUGAAGAGGAUGGUGAAGUUAAGAAAGAAACAAGAUAUUCCUAUAACACUGAAUGGAAAUCAGAAAUUGUAAAUAGUAGAAACUUUGAUCGCGAAAUUGGUCAUAAAAAUCCAAGUGCCAUGGCUGUGGAAUCUUUCACGGCAGUUGCUUCUGACGUCCAAGUUGGCGGUUACUUGCUUUCCAAAGGCUUGGUUGAGAAGAUUGAUAACUUCAAACAGAUGAGCUUGUCAAAACUGGAGGAUCCCCAUGCUGACGUGAUCCGUGCGGGGGAUUAUUUCUUUCACAGCGAGAAUCCUCGACGUCCAGAAGUUGGGGACCUUCGUGUUUCCUUCUUUUAUGCAGGUUUGAGUGGAGAGUCAACUCACUUGGGGCCAGCAGAUACGGUGACAAUAAUUGCUCGUCAACAAGGGGAUCAUUUGGUUUCAUACCAAACCAAAUCUGGAGAUGUCUUGCAGAUUCUCCAUCUGGGUGAGCUCUCUGCUGAGGAGGUGUUCCAGAAAGAGCAUGAGAGUAACAGCAUGAAGACCUGGGGCCUACGUGGAGCUGGCUGGCUGGCUAUGUUUGUAGGCAUCAGCCUUAUGACCAGAAUCGUUUAUACGCUGGUGGAUUGGUUUCCUAUAGUCCGAGACCUGGUUGAUAUUGGCCUGAAAGCAUUUGCUUUUUGUUUAGCCACUUCGCUGUCUCUGCUGACCAUUUCAGCGGGGUGGCUCUUCUACCGGCCACUCUGGGCAGUAUUUAUUGGGUUGCUGGCUGCAGUUCCCAUUGUGAUUGCAAGGUCCCGGGUUCCACCCAAGAAGCAGCAGUGACAACAUGAAGAAUGUGCUGCUGUGCCUGCAUCUGAAUCUCCUUGGAUCCACAAUAUAUAUCCAGAGCAUCCAUCAUGUAUGAAGCAACUAUCAUGUUGGUUUAAAAACCCCUUUGACAGACCAGAGACACCAAAGAGUUCUUUAAUGCACCUUGAUGCAAAUUACUUGUAAAGUUUUUUUUAUUAUGUUUUUGAGUGGGAAGAUAUUCACCUUCCCCAACUUUUCUUUAUACUAAGUUGAUGAAACAUGAUAGAGAUAAGUGAUAUAAUUUUUGCAUGUCUGAUGCUAAGCGCAAUUAAGUGAAGCUACCCUUGAUUCAAAGUAUCUGCCAGUCUUCAUGAGAGAAAAGGGGAUAAUGUGUAGCUUUGAUGGGGACCAGAUGAGGUCAAACAGUGUAGAGACAGUAUUCCCCGCCCCCUUCACUUAUCUGAUAAAUGUAUCUUUUUAAAGACAGGCAAUUUGUUUCCAUUUGCAUCUUUUGGGUCAGCAUGUGUGUCAACUUGUGAGGUUUCAUUUUAUGUUAAGUUGUACAAUAAAGCUUAUGUUUUUACAUGCACACACACACACACCCCAGGCACCAUCCCUUCCUAUAGCAAAAUUAUGUGGGUUGGUAGGGCUGGAAUGUCCAAACCACCGUAGGCCAUUUUGGUAACCAAGGCUUCUGCCCUCAUUAUCCACACCCUCAAAUAAAGAAAAUGGCCCUUGCUGUUCAGUGUACUGUAGGAGCCACAUACCUCUAAAGAAGUGCUUCUGUUCUUCUUUAAACUGUAGGAUUCUUGUUGAACAAGGCCUUCCUCUAGUUAAAUGAAAAAGUAUUGUUCAAAGCAUUAAUUGUAAACAAAGCAUGGUUGGCAUAGAUUGGAGAUGUCUAAAGAUGACAUUGCUCACCAAAGAGCACAGAGCAAAACUGUAAGGAGUCACAUUCACCAUUACUGCCCACCAUUCUCUCUACACAGCUUGCUCCCUUUUCCUCUCAUGCAACAGACAUUCAAGAAAUACCUCAGAUUAUGAUGCUGUGCUGUCCUAGCCCAGCCCUGAAGGCAAUGACUGCACACUUUCCAUUUUGAUGUGGGGAGGUGUGGCAAACACUGAAGGCACAAAUUGGUGAGGCUCGUUUGACUCUUCCCUAGUUCACUUUUUGUUUAAAAUAUAUUUACAAUAUUUAUACAAUACAUACAAAAUCAAGCACCAUGCCUGUGGUGACAGGCAGAAGUGUCUCAAUGGUUUCCCUUCACCAGCAAAGGUAUGGUGAGCUCUGCACAUGCAUAGUGUCCCCCACUUGCCCCAAACUAUGAAAAAGCACUGCUGCAAGUUCUGUGACUGUCACGCAUAGUGCCAUUCAUCAAAAAAUAGAGCACAUGAAAUUUGCUAAUAAGAGGAGAAUGUAGUGUAUUUACCUGAAUCCAAGACUGGUUUUUCCCCAAGUUUUUAAUAUUAGAAAUUGGGAGGUCAUAUUAAAUUCAGAAUCCUAUUCCUUUCAAGUAAAUGAAGGUACUUCUUAAGGGGUUCAUCUUUUAAAUACAGUAUGACAUGUGCAAACACUCUGCCUUCCUCUUUCCAUGCUACAGUUCCCAAGAGGCACUGAAAAUGCACAGCAGAAGUACACAAUGCAAAGUGGUGCCAAAUUUGGCUUUGCCUUGUUUUGAAUUUUAACAAAACCCCAGUCUUGCUGGUCUUUUCUGGCCUCACUCAAAAAACUAGUAGGUCAAUUGGAGUGAGCCUGGACCAGCUAGGCAUUGGUACAGAUGAAAUAUUAUACCUAUUUUCAAGUUUCAGGGGAAGAAAAAAAAAAUCUGAAUCAUAUUUGUAUACUGUACACUAGAAACUUUUGUAAUGGUUUUUUAGUGGUGGAAGUGCCAAACUUUUCUAUAUUAUGAAUAAAGCUUUAUGAAUUGUG